AUGUAUGGUGACUUGGGUGUUAAAUUGGUCCAACAUGCGAAGCGUACGCAAAGCUUAGCACAUCUUCCGCCAUACCAGACCGAGAUUGUUCGUUCAGUUACACGAGAAGUGCGUGAUUUAGACAAAGAUGUGGCAAAUCUGCUGGAGCCUUUUCACGGCUCGUUCAACCCAGCAGAGGACCAAGCUAUUGCCUGCACACUGCUAGUCAACCAUCUUACUAUGCGACGCAAUAAACGAUGCCUGCUUGCCUACCACCGCACAAGAACAGACAAGCUGGAGGAGCUUGUUUGGAACGGUGCUGAUAUACUUGACCUCUCCGGUCAACAAGUUCGUGAGGGAAACUCAGCCGGUGCUGGUGGUACAACAGCCAACGCUGCAGCCACGAGCAGUUUGAGCCCUCAAGAGGAAGACUAUGUCAGACAGUAUAGUGACUUGCUUGCUGCGUACAAAGGCCAAUACACCGAUAUUGACCUGACCGGUAGUCUGCUUCCACCGAGGGAUCUGUUCAUCGACGUUCGAGUAUUGAAGGACGCGGGCGAGAUCCAAACAGAAUAUGGUGCCAUUACAUUGACAAAGAACAGUCAAUUCUAUGUCCGUCAGGGAGAUGUUGAACGGCUCAUUGCACAGGGAUACCUGCAGAAGCUUGAUUGA